AUGGGGCAUCGGCAAAGUGGGUGGACAACGUGCAUGGUCGUAACGAUUGCUGCGCUGCUGCCACCCACCUGUGGCCAGCAUAGUCCCGAUGGGGGCUUAUUGGGACGGUCCAGUACCCAACAAGGUAGAGCGCAGUCAGAGCCGCCACAGUUCAACAAUAUUUCAACUGCACAAAGCCAAGAGCUGCACCAUACUUGUGCCAUCGGUAAUGUGGUGCCAAUACACAGAUUCACAUACUUUGUGCACUUCCGAGACAAGACAGGAGAUAUACAAAGACAAGACAUACAGGACAUCUGUUCCGGAGUUCUCUUCAAGAAGAGCUAUGUCCUCACAUUGAGCACUUGCGCCAGCAGCCUGGGACCAAGCAGCAUUGCUGUUGUGAAUGGCACCACCGAUGUGCACAGCAAAAUGUCCGAGCUGCAGUUUGAAGUUGAGUGGAUCAAAGUCCAUCCUGGUGGGAAAGUACGGCAAGCAGAUGAUGUCAGAGUUGCUGUUGUGAAGCUACAUGGCAGCAGCUCUGUUCCCACGCCCACACUUGCUGCACCUGGAUACGAUUUGAUCCACAUUUACCCAAAUCGGGUGCUGUUGGGUCUGGAUGCUGGAGGGACUCUCCUAGGUGGAGAAUUCAUGGUGGUGUGGAACAACCUGUGUGAGGAUGCUGGUUAUAUGGCUGGCACAGACCACUGCAUGAUUCAAAAGUCCAGGGAGCCUUUGUCAGGUGUGCAGGCAACAUAG